AUGUCAGACCAUCCAGAACCUGCAGUGUCAGCAGAACUAAAGGCCUGGCUUCAAGCUGCAAUUGCAGACACUAUCCCCAUGGCCUUGGCAGCGUUCCGUGAUCAACCAUUAGCGGCCCCUACUGCCACCAUCACUCAGUUGUCUGACUCUGAUGAUUCCAGAGUUUCUGACCAUGACGAAGCCCCACACAAGCGCCCUUGGAAGGGUGACAGUGAUUCUGCUGGCAAAGGCAAAGUCCCAGCAAAGACUGCUAAACUGUCUCAUGCCAAACGCACUUUCAAUAAAGGUUUAACCUUUGGCUAUCAUGGAUGGACGAAUAGAAGUGCAUAUUCAGAUGAGGAUCUCCCACAUAACAAAACAUCAUGA